AUGACUGUAAAUCCAAAUACCUUAGUCCGAAUCUUCAUCGCAAUAUUCCUCGUCACAAUAUCAGUGUUAGCAUUUCAAGUCUACCAACAUGCGGUAUUUCUACAGGAUCAAAGAAAACAGCUCAUACACGACUAUUACGAUGCUAACGUAGAUGAUAACGUAAGUUAUGAUUUGAUGAUAGAAGAAGACUUGCAUAAAAGAAAAAUUAGAAGAUCUAAAAUAUCGAAAAUGAAAUCUAAUAUCAGACGAAUCAACUUGAAACAAAGAGUUUACAAUGCUGAAUUUCUUUACGGGAUCACUAAUGUGACAUACAUUAUUGUGAUACAAGUGCAUAAUGAUGUAUAUUUAUUCAAACAACUAUUGGACUCGCUGAGAACAGCCCAUUCAAUAGCCAGUGCGCUUCUCAUUUUUUCUCAUGAUGUUUUUGAAACCAAAAUGAACCAAGCCGUUCACACUGUAAACUUUGCCAGGUAUAUGCAAAUUUUCUACCCGUAUUCAAUACAGCUGCACCCAUUUGUAUAUCCUGGGGUAGCAUACGCCAGUGAUGAUAAAGAAAAUACAGAAAAAUCAAAAGAAAGAGACCCUGUGGCAGCUCAGAAGAAGCUUCAUUGGUGGUGGCAGGUGAACCAGGUGUUUGAUAACCUAAGUGUUACAAAGAAUUACACUAAAACGAUAUUAUUUCUACAGGAAAAUGAUUAUGUAACUGAAGACUUUUUAAUAGUGUUGAAACUUCUAGAACACGUUAGAGGUGCCCACUGUCCGGUAUGUGAAAUAAUCAGUUUGGGGGCGCAUUCGCCUGAACCCGGCAACUACUUAAAUAGAACGGCUGUGGUUGCGUUAGAGAUAUGGGCAAAGAACUUGCCCAACAUUGGGAUAGCAUUUAAUAGAGAUAUUUGGCAUAUAAUCAAAGGUUGGAGUCGGGACUUCUGCGACUUCAAUGAUUACACCUGGGAGAAUAGUCUCAAGUACAUUGGUUCCCAACAUAUGGAUAUAAAUUUUUAUUUUACUGAUAUUAUUGCAUCUAGGGUCUUUCGUAUAGAGUGUGGAAAGGAGAAUCCGCGCUGUGAUUUAAAAAGAAAGCUUGACGAUGUGAAAUCAUUUACACAAGUCAUUCGUCACUCAUUGUACCCUGCUAUUCUCAUGUUACGGAUUGUCAAGGGCAAGGAUUAUAGUGUAGAUGCUCUGGGCUCAUUUCAAGAUGAGAGAGACCGCGAACUUUGCAUGUACUUCACUAAAAAUUGUGUAUGGUAUUAA